CGGGAAGUCUUCGUGCUGUUUAGUUAUUUUCUCGAACUUCUGUUUACUUCCGCUUCUUCUCUGUAACUCACUACAACCUAAUAUUCUUGAAUAAAAUUAAGUCGUCAACAAGCGGCUUUGAAAGCAAGCUGAUUUAUGCCAAUGCAACUAUGUAAUCAUUCAUUAUCUGUUGAAUAAUAACUUCAAGAUGGCAGGAAAAGACUUAGUCUUCACAGUCAACGAAACAGACAUAAAUUUUGCUACCGGAAACUUCACUUCUCAAAAACCAGUAUUAAAUAAAUAUUAUCCGAUCCUGGCUGCAGAAAUGGGAUUAUCCAUUUUCUGCUCAACAGCUUUAAUAUUUGUAUAUAUCAUCAUUGGAGAACAUCGCACCGUACCCGGAAAGAAUGUCAUAUCUAUUUCUUUAUGUUUGAUAAUUACUUACAUAAUGCUCACCAUAGAUCUGCUCAUGAGGAAUAAUCUGAGUCAUGCUUUAUGCAUGGUGGUAGGCGUAAUAGUGCAAACAACUUUUUUGGCGACAUUUUUCUGGACUAAUGUUAUGUCUUAUGACAUCAUGAUAACAAUGGCGUCAGUCAAGUCUGAUGCUAUCACCACAUUUAAGUACUGGAAAUACUCAGUUUACGCAUGGACAAUGACAUUAUUAUGCGUCGUACCAGCUGUGGUGGUAGACAACAUCGAUGAAAUACCUAAUGAAUACAAACCAAGAUUUGGUGUGAAGAAAUGCUGGAUAUCUGGACAGCUGGCCUUUUUGAUUUACCUCAACGCACCCGUGGGUGUAACUUUGACAGCUAACUGUGUUUUCUUUAUUCUCACAGCCAAGACUAUCAUCAAAGUGAGGAGAUCUACCGCCAUUUUGGCUACAAACAGGCAUAAAAAAAGGUACAGUAGUUUGCAUUUCUAUGAAAUUUGUGACGAGCUU